AUGUUGCAGCAUGACAAUGCAUCGUCACACACUGCACAGCAGACAGUUGAAUUUUUAUGUGAAAACAAUAUAAUAGGCAUUAAAUAUCCACCCUAUUCCCCUGAUUUGGCCAUGUGUGAUUUCUGGUUGUUAUUUAAUCUAAACAAACAUUUACGUGAUCGACGUUUCACGACGGAGGAUGAGAUAGAUGAAGCAAUCCAUCAAUUUUUUGAGAGUAUUUCAAAAGAUGACUGGCUGCAAACUAUUAAGUUGUGGAUGCUUCAGUUAAAAAAGUGCAUUGAUAUAGGUGGUGAUUACUUUGAACAUAAAUAA